CUCCUUUUGAGGCUCUUCCCCAUCUCCUCUCUUGCCCUAUUUUCUUCUCCUUUUUAUGUUACCAAUGGGUGUUUUCAACAACUGCUCUCUACUCAUCAUAACAACAACAACAGCAGCAUUGUUCCUCAUCAUCAACUCUGUCAAUGGCUCCCCAAGCAACUCAUGGACUAAUGCUCAUGCCACUUUCUAUGGAGGUGGAGAUGCCUCCGGAACCAUGGGUGGGGCAUGUGGAUAUGGUAACUUGUACAGCCAAGGAUAUGGCACCAACACAGCUGCACUGAGCACAGCACUAUUCAACCAGGGACUCAGCUGUGGCGCCUGCUUUGAGAUGAAAUGUGUGAACGACAACAAAUGGUGCUUGCCCGGCUCAAUCAUAGUCACAGCCACCAACUUCUGUCCUCCUAAUUUGGCUCUCAGCAACGAUGCAGGUGGCUGGUGCAACCCUCCUUUGCACCACUUUGAUCUUGCUCAGCCUGUUUUCCAGCGAAUUGCUCUUUUCAAAGCUGGAAUUGUACCUGUUCAGUAUAGAAGGGUGAGUUGUAAGAAGAAGGGAGGAGUAAGAUUCACCAUAAAUGGACACUCUUACUUCAAUUUGGUUCUGAUCACAAAUGUGGGUGGAGCUGGGGAUGCAGUGGCUGUGUCCAUAAAAGGGUCCAAAACUGGAGGGUGGCAAGCCAUGUCUAGGAAUUGGGGUCAGAAUUGGCAAAGUAACUCUUUCCUUGAUGGCCAAUCACUCUCAUUCAAGAUCACCACUAGUGAUGGAAGAACUCUAAUCUCCAACAAUGUGACUCCUUCCAAGUGGAGCUUUGGCCAAACCUACACAGGAGCUCAAUUUUAAGGCUUCUUAUUCAUGAGUACUCAUAUAUAUAUAUAAGAUUAGUAUAGAUAUAUAAGAGAGGAAAUAAUGAUGGUGGGCAGUUUUUUGAAAUGGCAUUGUCAUUCAUCAUCAUCAUUAUCAUCAUCAUCCUCUUCUUCUUCCAUUCAAGGGUCUUGGAUUUUAGAAGAGACUUUGAAAGAAUGGAAGGUCUCUCAUAGAGUAUGAUAAAGGGUGUUUUUCCCUUUUUCUAUAGAGACAUAUGUAUAAUGUGUUUGAGCUGUGAGACUGGUGUGGUGUUGUGAGGUAGGUGAUAACAAGGCCUCUCUGACCCUACCAGCCCAAGCUUUAGAGAAACUCUUUUUUUCUUUUCUUUGUUUUGUUUUUGGUUGUUUGUUGUUGAAGUGUUUGUUUGUGUAGGUCAAUGUGAGUUGUUUGUGUCAUUAUUGUACUUACAAAGUCAUUAACAAGUGUUGUUGUAAUGGAAAUGGAGUGAGACUGACUAUUGUUAUAUAUC